UCUUUUCCCCCUCUGAACUUUGAAAUGCUUUACCUGAUCGGCUUGGGCCUGGGCGAUGCCAAGGACAUCACAGUCAAGGGCCUGGAAGUUGUGAGGCGCUGCAGCCGAGUGUAUCUGGAAGCCUACACCUCAAUUUUGACUGUAGGGAAGGAAGUCCUGGAAGAGUUUUAUGGAAGAAAAUUGAUUCUUGCUGACAGAGAAGAAGUGGAACAAGAAGCAGAUAACAUUUUAAAGGAUGCUGAUAUCAGUGAUGUUGCAUUUCUUGUAGUUGGUGAUCCAUUUGGGGCUACAACACACAGUGAUCUUAUUCUGAGAGCAACGAAACUGGGAAUUCCUUAUCGGGUUAUUCAUAAUGCUUCCAUAAUGAAUGCUAUAGGCUGCUGUGGCUUACAGUUGUAUAAAUUCGGGGAGACCGUUUCUGUUGUUUUUUGGACAGACACGUGGAGGCCAGAAAGCUUCUUUGACAAAGUGAAGAAGAACAGACAAAAUGGCAUGCACACAUUAUGCUUAUUAGACAUCAAAGUAAAGGAGCAGUCUUUAGAAAAUCUAAUCAAAGGAAGGAAGAUCUAUGAACCUCCUCGGUAUAUGAGUGUAAACCAAGCAGCCCAACAACUUCUGGAGAUUAUUCAGAAUCAAAGACAACAAGGAGAAGAACCAGCAGUUACCGAGGAGACACUCUGUGUUGGCUUAGCCAGGGUUGGAGCUGAGGAUCAGAAAAUUGCAGCGGGCACUUUGCAGCAGAUGUGUACAGUGGAUCUGGGAGGACCAUUACAUUCCUUGAUUAUCACAGGAGGCAGCAUACAUCCUUUGGAGAUGGAGAUGCUAAGUCUGUUUUCCAUAAAAGAAAGUAGCGCAGAAUCCCAGAACAUUGAUGGACUCUGAGGAGAGACAACUUUUGCUGUUGGAUGUUCAUCUCAGCCAUAUAUGCACAAACAUAUUUGUAUAACAAACAAUAGAUAUUUUGGUUUACCUAAUCAGUAUAAAAUAAGUGAGCAAGAAGAAAGAUGUUAGCUCAACAAUGCUUGGUUUCCUGUAGCAAUGAGAUUUUUUUUCCUGAUGACAUCAUCAAUUGUGGCUGCUAUUUUGCCUUUUUUUUUUUUUUUGCCUCCAAGGUUAUCGCUGGUCUCUGUGCCUGCACUAUGAAACUCCUCACAGCCAUUUUUUCUUCUUUUUCUCUGGAUAGGAUAGAGAAAUUGAGAGAGAAGAGAGAUAGAGAAGGUGAGAUAGAUAGACUCCUGCAGACCUGCUUUACGUCUUGUGAAGUGACUCCCCUGCAGACAGGAAGCCGGGGGCUUGAACUAGGAUCCUUGCAUGGGUAUUUGCAAUUUGUACUAUGUGCGCUUAACCCAGUGCGCCACUGCCCAACCCCCCUACUUUGCUAGUUUUUCAGUAUGCGAACAUGUGGAACAGAUCUAGCUGAAAACUUGUAAACUGACAUCCAUAUUCAAAGUCAUCUGGAAGCAGUCUUUACUUAUGAAACCAGUUUAUAGUAGAACAUUCUUAUUUCUUAAAAAGACAGGAACCAUCUUCUGGACUACAAGAUGAAUAGUCUCGGUAGCAGUUAAAACUAGUACAUAUAAGCACACAUGGAAAGAAUAAGUCCUCAGCUGGCAGUCUUUACUUAAAGUUCAGCUGAGCACAUCCCAUAAAAUGACAUCCUUCUGAAUUGCCUUGUCUUGUUUCGCUGACAUCCUAAUUAUGUGGUUUAUGUUCUUCUGUAUUUGGGAGGUUAUGUAAUUGUCAAAUUAAAAUUGUUCAGCCAGCCGUGUACAGUUACUGUUUGAUUUUAAAUAGCACCUUACACAUUCAAGGCAAUAAGCAGAAAAACUUGCUGAUUACAAAAUAAAAUUUGUACAAUUUUUAAAUUUGAA